ACAAGUUUACCCUGGUUAAAACCAAACAUUAUGUUCACGCAUAAUGUUAUUUAUGUCGAGCCAUGACGGUCACGCAAUGGUCCGUAGGUCUGAUUUGUGUCAAGUAUCACCCCAGGAGAGAGAGGGGGCGUUCCCUCAAGGAUAAAAGAGAUUUCUCUCGAGCAAUUUGCCCUUCUUCCCUUGGCCCUCGUACCGUCGGUAUCUUGCAAGGAAAAUUUUUUCCCCCUCCCCCCAAUCCCCUGUUACCAAAUAUCGGAUUGUUCGAUUACAUUUAGUAAUGUGGGCGCGUCUUUUUCACCCCACCAAUUAAGUCUCCUGGAUCAAAUUAAACACGCCACAUUUGUGGCCAAAUUCAUCCAAUCCAUGUGUUUAGUUUUAUUGCGCAUUCUUCAGCAAACUAGUGCGACUUCAAGCAGAGCUAGCGUUCCGUAGAGUCAUGCAUCGAUAUAAAUAUCUUUAUAUUAUCACUAUUAUUCCCAGCCUUCCUUCAAGGCUUGUUAAUUUCUAUUUAUUUUGCAAUAGGGUAGAGGCAAGUUCAUGUCGGAAAUACAUCCCUGCGUGAACAGAUGCUGUCGAGACAAUCCAUGCAUCAACGGAGGGGUAUGUCAGGAGAUUUGUGACCCUCACAGCCCACGGUUUAACUGUACCUGCCCCUACACUCACACAGGCUGGCGAUGUGACAAGAUUAAGCAUCUAAGAACCUGCAAAGACAUUGCAAAAAAUGGAGCUUUGACAUCUGGAAAGUACUUCAUUUUGGAUUCUGCAAACGAAGCGUUUUCCGUUUUCUGUGACAUGGAAUCAGAGUCAGGAUUUGUUUGGGCGUUGAUACAAUCGUUUUCCCUGGCCAAUAAAGGCAUGUUCGAAGAAAAAAUGUUUGGCACUGAUUUCCCAGUGAACCAUACAAAGAAUACAGUGGAUUGGAACUCGUAUCGCCUGUCCUUACCACAGAUGGAAUCCAUUGCCAAUCACUCAACACACCUACGAGUAACCUGUAACUUCCCAACAGAGGGUCUGCAAUAUAUCGACUACGCACGCGCCAAGCUGGAAGGUCACGACAUAUUUAGCGGUUGGAAUACUCAGUGUCGACAAUAUGAGUACAUAAAUAUCCGAGGAAUUGAAUGUUCCUAUUGUACCACUGGCACGAAACAGAAAGCUAAGAGCGCUUGGAGCAUAAAGAGUUAUCAGAGUAAAGCUGCUUGGGGCUGUGAUUUCGAUGGACGUCCAGGGGCAAUUAGUAGUAACGAAAGAAAUUUCGGUCAUUAUGGUGACGCCGGUUCUGUUAAUGUCAAUCACCGCUGUACCUCUUCACCAGCGUCGACAACACAACACUGGUUUGGAGCUAAGCAUGAGUUGUAAAGGACUAUCACAUUCAAAUGCACAAAGUUAAGUCCACUCGCGUGACAAAGCCCACUGAGUCGAAACAUAACUUCAUUUUCGAAACCAUCACGUGUUUCUGGAACGAACGCCGCUCUGUCAGAGGUUUCCCCUCAACACUUUCGAGGUUUGUAACCGACAAUUUCCUGCCGGUUAUUUCCACGUCUGAGAAUGGAAAAGACAUU